UGUCUGUAGAAAAAGCUGUGUUAGGUUGCCGGCGAAAAUUUCGUUUGUUCAAUGCUGAUUAUACCACUUAUGUGAAAUAAAAUAUAAGGAACUGCACGACCAAAACACUUUCAAGAUGACUGCGGAGACGCAAUCUAAGGCAAAACUGCCUCACUUGUCGUCUGAUAAGCAACUCACAUUUAUAAAAUUGGCUGUUUUGUCAAUGGCAGCGAUUUUAUCAUUUGCCACACGUCUGUUCUCCGUUCUACGCUUUGAGAGUGUUAUCCAUGAGUUUGAUCCAUACUUCAACUACAGAACUACCAGGUAUCUCACCGAGGAAGGAUUCUACAAGUUUCACAACUGGUUUGAUGAUAGAGCAUGGUACCCCUUAGGCCGAAUUAUUGGUGGCACCAUCUACCCUGGCUUGAUGGUUACAUCCACAACCCUGUACAACAUUAUGCAAUUUAUGAACAUCACCAUUGAUAUUCGCAAUGUGUGUGUGUUUCUCGCACCAUUCUUCUCAUCCCUCACUACCAUAGUCACAUACCUUUUAACUAAAGAACUAAAGAAUGAAGGUGCAGGGCUGGUGGCUGCCGCUAUGAUAGCUAUUGUGCCGGGCUACAUAAGUCGCUCAGUAGCUGGGAGUUAUGACAAUGAAGGCAUUGCUAUAUUCUGCAUGUUACUCACUUACUACUUCUGGAUCAAAGCUGUCAACACAGGAACUCUGCUGUGGGCUACAAUGACGGCUCUUGCAUACUUUUACAUGGUAUCAUCUUGGGGCGGCUACGUGUUCCUGAUCAACCUGAUCCCGCUGCACGUGCUGGCGCUGAUGGCGCUCGGGCGGUUCUCGGCGCGCGUGUACGUGGCCUACAGCGCGCUCUACUGCGUCGGCACCAUCCUCUCCAUGCAGAUCUCCUUCGUCGGCUUCCAGCCCGUGCAGAGCUCCGAGCAUAUGCUGGCGCUGGGCACGUUCGGGCUGUGCCAGCUGUACGCGUUCGCGCAGUACCUGCGCGCGCGGCUGUCGCCCGCCAACUUCGAGCUGCUCUUCAAGGCGCUGCUCACCACGCUGCUGGCCACGCUCGGAACCGCCGUUGUGGCGCUCACCAUCACUGGCAAAAUCUCACCCUGGACUGGCCGAUUCUACUCAUUGCUGGAUCCGUCUUACGCCAAAAAUCAUAUUCCAAUUAUCGCGUCGGUGUCGGAGCACCAGCCGACGUCGUGGUCGUCGUUCUACUUCGACCUGCAGGUGCUGGUGUUCCUGUUCCCCGCCGGCCUCUACUUCUGCUUCGCCAAGCUCACCGACGCUAACAUCUUCAUCAUACUUUAUGGAGUUCUCAGUAUCUAUUUCGCGGGCGUGAUGGUCCGUCUCAUGCUGGUGCUGGCGCCCGUCAUGUGCAUCGUGUCGGGCGUGGCCGCCUCCAGCCUGCUCAGCCUUCACGUUAAAGACAUCGAACCCAAAGUUGAGAAGCACGACAAGAAGAAGAAGCACGAAAAUAAUCUGGUGUUCAGAUCUGAGGUGGGCGCGUUGUUCGUGUGCGUGCUGGGCUGCCUGCUGGUGUCGUACGUGUUCCACUGCACGUGGGUCACCUCGGAAGCCUACUCGUCGCCCUCCAUCGUGCUGUCGGCGCGCGCGCACGACGGCGCGCGCAUCAUCUUCGACGACUUCCGCGAGGCCUACACCUGGCUCAAGAUGAACACGCCUGAGGACGCCAAAGUGAUGUCGUGGUGGGACUACGGGUACCAGAUAACAGCGAUGGCGAACCGGACGGUGAUCGUGGACAACAACACGUGGAACAACACGCACAUCUCGCGCGUGGGGCAGGCCAUGGCGUCGGGCGAGGAGCGCGCCUACGAGAUCAUGCGCGAGCUGGACGUCGACUACGUGCUCGUUAUAUUCGGCGGGCUCGUCGGCUACUCCUCCGAUGACAUCAACAAGUUCCUGUGGAUGGUGCGCAUCGGCGGCAGCACGGAGCGCGGCGCGCACAUCCGCGAGGCGGACUACUACACCGGCGCGGGCGAGUUCCGCGUCGACGCCGACGGCUCGCACACGCUGCUCAACUGCCUCAUGUACAAGAUGAGCUACUACAAGUUCGGCCUCGUCUACACCGAGGGCGGACGGCCGCCCGGGUUCGACCGCGUGCGCGGCGCCGAGAUCGGCAACAAGGACUUCAACCUGGACGUGCUGGAGGAGGCGUACACCACCGAGCACUGGCUCGUGCGCAUCUACAAGGUGAAGCCGCUGCCCAACCGCGGCGUCUAAUCCACCUCACUACCUCGCUCACAACUCACAACACUAAUGCCAUUUCCUUGCACAUGGCAUACACUUGGAAUUCUUUUGUCCUAAAAUUUAACCUAUCAAAACAAAUGAAACUUUGUCCCUGUUGUAAACUUGUAUUGGCUUAGUUGUGUAACUUUUGCACUUGGGCCCAUUUUACUUUGUAAUCUUGCUUGUACUUAGGCCUGUUAAAACUUUUUUCCAUAUAAUGCAUCCGAUAGCUUAAUAUACUGUAGAACUAAUAAUGGUCAUCACUAAAAAUAGUCUAUAAUUAUAUACGACUGAUAUGUACUCAUUUCGAAACUAUGUAAUUGCAUUCAAUAGGUAUACGAGCAAACUUCGUCAAUAGCGGAUGCCAAUCGUUGACUCUCAGUACAGUCGCCAUUGCGGUACCAAAAAAACUUCGUACGUUCUCUCUGAAACCGUUAUACUUAUUGAAAUACGUGAUGGCGACUGUACAUUCUGGCUAGUAAUUGAGAUUACUCAUUAUAACUAUAGUUAUGUACCCAAAAAGUUAAUAACCGAGGCAUUUACCUUUGUUGUCUCUCCAUUUGUCGAGUCUAUCUUAAGAAUCCACCUACUUAAGAUUAAUGCGGAUAUAGUUGCAUAUUAUAUAUAUUAUGAGCUGGUACAACGUUUUCUACUUACAUUUUAUAAUAAAAGUAAGGACGGCCGGUUAUAUAGACACCAAUUAUAACCUGACCUUAAGUAAUGAGAGGCAUUAGGUGCUGUGAAAAUACAUUUUUCGUCGAUAUUUCACUGUACUUCUUCAUAAGAGUAGUGUAGUUAUAAACUUUGUAUGUAAUACGACUGAAUGAAUUCGUAGAUAUAAUAGCAUAACACUUCCGCGUGUAUCGAAUCUGGACUGUUACGAGGAUUUUAUUUCUACUAAUAUAUUAAAUAAGAUUGAUGUAUGUAAAACCACGUAGCUGAUUAAUGUGAUUAAUAUACUGCAUUUAUCUUUAA